CACGUUGACGUGAUGAGGUUAAGGUGCCUGUUAGAUGUGAUUUUGUUAAUUUUGUUUUUCCAAAAAAUUUGAAAAGAUGUUGCGUCGACAAGCUCGCUUACGACGAGAGUAUUUAUACAGAAAAACAGUCGAGGAUAGGCAAAAGUCAAUACAAGAAAAGAAAGAUAAAAUAAAAAGAAGUUUAGAGGAGAAUGUACCCAUACAUGGAGAUCUACAGAAUAAAGCUCUUCACUAUGCUAAAAAGAUAACAUGGGAAGAUGCUGGUCCUGAGGCAGCGGUUCAGUUUGGUGGUGAAAGUGGAGGAGCUUUAGCAAAUUCUCAAGAUGAUGAAUACCGAUAUGCUGGUGUAGAAGACCCCAAAAUAGUUAUAACGACAUCGCGAGAUCCCAGUGCUAGAUUAAAAAUGUUCGUAAAAGAAUUACGUCUAAUUUUUCCUAAUGCUCAAAGAAUGAAUCGUGGUAAUUAUGAGAUGAAGCAGUUGAUUCAUGCUUGUAGAGCCAAUGAUGUCACAGACUUUAUAGUUGUUCAUGAACAUAGAGGAGUACCAGAUGGUUUGGUGAUUUGUCAUUUACCAUAUGGACCAACGGCAUAUUUUAAUAUGUCUGACGUUGUUAUGAGGCAUGACAUACCUGACAUUGGCACUAUGUCGGAGCAGUACCCACAUCUUAUAUUUCACAAUUUUAAAACCAAACUGGGUGAACGUAUUAUGAGUAUUUUAAAGUAUUUGUUCCCUGUUCCUAAAGAGGAUUCAAAGAGAGUUAUAACUUUUGCCAAUCAUGAUGACUACAUUAGUUUUAGACAUCAUACUUAUAAAACCGUUGAAAGACAAGUGGAACUGAGUGAAGUUGGACCACGUUUUCAAUUGAGGUUGUAUGAAAUAAAAUUAGGAACUCUGGAUAUUGCCGAUUCUGCAGAUACAGAGUGGGCCUUGAGACCUUAUAUGAAUACCACAGUUAAACGACGAUUUUUAAGUGAUGAAGAUGGUUGGAAACAAGAUGAAGAUUUAACAGAAUCAUAGAUACAAAUGUUUAAAUAACUUUUAACCUUAAGUACAUUUAUUUUUAAAUUUUUUAAAUAAAGACCAUUGUAAA